UGACUGUUGUGUUGUAGCGAAAAUGUCUAUAAAAACGUGUAUGGCACCACAAGUAAUCCUUGAAAGCGCCAUUGGUUCCCCUGCGGAUGGCGGGGUGAAAGUGGGGUUGGAAAAUGCGAUGGAUUUUCCUCGCAGUCAAAAAUUCCGUCCAAUUCUCCCCCUCCAUUGUCACCACCACUGCUCUCAAUUGCCAGCUUGGGGCUGCUGACAACUUAUUCAAAUCCUACUAGUCAGCCAUUUCACCAUGACCAACGAAAUGGAGGCCGCUCCGGUCCUCUCCACCCCCGACGACCGCAUUCUCGAGGCCACCGACCCUGUUGCGUCUCAGGAACCGAACCGCACCGUUUCCGACGAGGAGCUCUCGAUCACCUAUGACAUCGAACGCACUCUGAAAGAAAUCCGCCAGGCACGGUACAAGCGCAUCGCGCUCCAGUUUCCCGAUGACAUGCUCCCCGAUGCUCCCCGGGUAUUCCAACUCCUCAGCCGCGGCCUGGACGUUAGCGAUGCCCCUCAGCCUCGCGGUAACGGCGAAAGCAGCAACGGAGAUGCGGAACACCUAGCCGAUUCGGUGUCCCAGCUCAAGGUCGACGCGACAGCCGAACCCGCGCCCAAACUCUAUAUCCUGGCGGAUACCUCCUACGGAACGUGUUGCGUGGACGAGGUGGCCGCGGAGCAUGUGGAUGCGGAUGUGGUCGUCCACUACGGCCGCUCCUGUUUGUCCCCCACGGCCAGACUACCAGUCAUCUACGUGUUCACGCAUAAGCCUCUGCCUCUUGAGCCUGUUAUCCGCGCCUUCAAGGAGACCUACCCCGAUCCCACCACCAAGGUCAUUCUGGCGGCUGAUGUGACCUACUCGAAUCAUGUUCCUACCGUCUACUCGCGUCUCGUUGAGGAAGGCUACACCAACGUCUUCGCCACGGAUAUUGUCCAUAACCCAUCUUCUGCUAUCCCCAACCGCACGGUGCCUGAUUCAGUGCAAGAAACCCCGGAGUCGCUUUCUGAGUGGCAGCUCUUCCACAUUUCCGAUCCACCUACAGCUCUCCUCCUAACCCUUGCGUCUCGCGUUGCUGCCAUCCACAUUUAUCCGACCGAUGAUGUCACCAAGGAAAUUGUCAAGCCGCUGCCCGCGUCGACGGCGGCUGCAUUGCGCCGCCGCUAUGCGAUCUUGACCUCCCUCAAUACCGUGCCCAUUUUCGGAAUCCUGGUUAACACCCUAAGUGUGAAGAACUACCUGCACAUUGUGGAUCAUGUGCGUGAGAAAAUCGCGGCAGCCGGUAAGAAGAGCUACCUGUUCGUAGUGGGCAAGCUGAAUGCAGCCAAGGUGGCCAACUUCAGCGAGAUCGGCGGAUGGGUGGUCAUUGGAUGCUGGGAGAGCUCUUUGGUCGAUAGCAAGGAUUUCUGGAAGCCGGUGAUCACUCCAUCAGAAUUGGAGCUCACACUUCAAGGGGACGCCGAGCGAGUGUGGACAGGAGCUUGGCGGAGUGAUUUCCAGAGCGUCCUGGAUAAGUCCAAGGAAGAGGAAGAGAGUGCGGACCCCUCGAUGGAGGAGGAAGGAGAGAUGUCGGAACCUGAGUCCGCACCGCCCGAGUUCGACCUGCGCACCGGUCGGUAUGUCUCGCACUCCCGUCCCAUGCGGAAUGCUGCACCCCGCGUUUCUGCUUCAGCAGAGGAGGCCGCGUCGGCCGCUAGUGGACCGUCGGCCGCGCGCGCCUUAGCCAGGCGGGCAAAGGGCGAUAUCGCCAUGAUCGGCGGGGCGUUCUCGCCAGGGGCGGAAUUCCUGCAAUCCCAGCGGACAUGGAAGGGUCUGGGUAGUGAUUUCGACAUUCAAUAUGAGGAGGAUGCGCCGGAUAGCACGCUGGUGGUGGAAGGGCGCAAGGGUAUUGCAAGGGGAUAUACGGUGGGCGAUGAUAUCGAUCGACACUAGGAUAGACUUUCGCCCUGGGGCACUCCCAAAAAUCAAGUUUUGUGUUGAGAUGACCUUUGAGCUGGGCCUGCACUGUAGAGAAUCGCCAUCUGACUGGUCAAAUGUAAUUUCGUGCCUUAUUAGUUGUUACUGCUAUCAGCCCAAACCAGACGUUGGGUGGUGCUUGACUAGUCGAAGUUGGUUGGAGAGUGAUGAAGAUUCAAUAAAGACGGGUCGAUCACUAAAGAACCAUGUUGAGGGAAUAAUAGUUCCCAUCCCCUUACCC